UUACAGGUGUCGAGUGCCACGUAGAUUUUUCCAUAAGUAACUCUUGUUUGUUAAAUCAGCCAUUGUAAAACAACUGCCUUCAAGGUGGGUCGAAAUUGGAUUCCAGCACCGUCACCGGCUCUAACCAGAACCUCAACAUGCCCGUCAGAUGGAUUCUUCACUGGCAACCAAGCCAAGGAUCGGUAACAAACAGCCACAUACUGAACGAAAUCUCCCAAUGCGUCGACACUUUCAGCGGCGUCAAAGAAGGAAGAUGGAAAUCCACCCUCACUUUUUACAGACCUAAUGUACGAGACCAAUCAAUGAGUGCCGAAUUCCCUCGCGAUUUUCUCGGAAUUUCGCUCAUGGAACAGCCUGAUAAAUAUUACUUCAUUAUUCGCGGCCAUAAGCUUGUUGUUGAGGCCGAUUCUUCAAUCUUAACUAUCAUGGAGAAACUCCAAUCUUACAAAUCUAAAGUUGUCCUUAAUUUUGAGGGUUUGCAGUAUAAACUGGGUGAUUUUCAGUUGAGAUUGAUUAAAGUUAUUCCUAAUCAAACUGAAAAUCUAAGGGGCAUUUUAAUGGAGGUUGAGUAUCUGCCUAUUUCUUCAAUUGAAAACGCGAAGCCAAUUCUUGAAGAGUUCAUUGAAAUAUGGCGACAAGUGCUGUUAAAAAAAUCAUUGCCCGGUCAAUUCGUGCGAGCAGAACCAAUAUUUGCGGAAUAUGGGCUCUCAGACAGUUACAGUUUUCAACACACAGCUGUUCAGUAUGCUGCUGCAUUGACCCAGUUAAUUGCAUCAGUGCAGUCAGUGCAGUUAAGAAGUUAAGUACUUUGGACCAGUUAAGUAAAUGGCAACAUAUAUGUCAGUUAGUUAGGACCAAUUUAGAAACAUGCCGUUAUAAGUUAUAACCAACUAAAAUUUGUCUGAAAGAAUUAAACCUAUGUGUCCUGUUUAUUUGGUUAAAACAUGGAUGGCGUUUUACUGCAGUCAAAAUCAACUGCAGUCACACAUUCAUGUGUCGGUAGCUAUCCUAUUAAGAUUGGACAGUUUUAAUUUAAAAACUAUAAAUUAAAAAAUAAAUCUAUUUAUUUGAACGGUUCGAUCAUGAUCGAACGAUUUAUAACAUUUUGACCAUGUGAAUGCGGCUAAAAGCCUACUGUCUCUAAGUUAUCCAUGGUUUACUCCAGCUACAUCUAACAAGUCAAUGGAAAACCUCCUUGGGAGACAGAACUUGAUGUAACAAAAACUAACAUACCAUAUUUUAAUACUUAUUCAUAUCAUACAUUGAUUCUAUUCAGAUAA